AUGGGGUCACGGCACCGGCUCGCCGUUCCGAGUCGUGCAAGUCAACUUCGCAGGGCCAUCAGCAGCAGAGACACCGAGCCUGAUCAGGCUGUCCUAUUUUCAUCGUCAAAUCGCCAGGGGAUGGGCAAUCACGGACAUUCGUCACUGGAGGCAUCGGCAUCUCUGGGCUACGGUGGAGGAGGGCGAGGCGGGACUCAGCUCCAGGACUUUGGCAGUCGAUGGGCCAAUGGCAAAGAUCUUCUCUGGGUCCUCGAUGCUGCUAAAGAUAUCCUGCGGCUGAAAAGCCGGAUUCUGCAUAACGCCUCGAUCUGGACGCAUUACCAAAGACCCACCUCGGAAGGCUUCACGAAUCGCGAUAUGGCGGACAGAUGCAGUGGCGAAAUCGAUGGCUUCCGGUCCAAUGUGGCGCACCGGGCGCUGGCACGGCAAGCCUGGCGGCGGCGUGGCGCGACCGUUGAAGAUCUGAUCACGGCUAUUGCUGUGCGUUUUAGCGCCAUCGCGUCUGAUGAAACAACCAGGGCAAAGCUCUUCUCUCACUUGAACGCCAAGACAAUUCUUGCACCAGUGACGCUCAAAAUCACCACCCAGCAGCAGAUCAGCGUGAGGGUUGAACAUUGA